AGCGGAAAAGUAUAUGCAGAGCUAUUUGUUACAUAUCCAUAUAUACAUUGUUUUGUAAUUGUAUAUAUUAUUGUACAUUAGAGAAUUCUACAUUGCUUUCAUAUUUAGAAAAGUCUAUGUUUAGAAAUACAAAAUGAAAUGUACACAACGUAGGCGAUCAUAAAAGUUACAGUCCAAUGAAAGCUUAAUUUUUUGCACGUCUACCUGAAAGAAUGAUGUACAUGCCAUGCAUACAAACGUAUAUGUAUGUCACAGAUAUAUAGGAAAAAUUAACUGAUGACGUCAUAAUUUGAAAAUAAAUUCGACGAUUGAAUUAAAAAUUGUGAACUAUAAAUUAAUAAAAACUCUUCGAACUGUGUAACUAAAGAGUCAAAUAUUUCAAAAUGCUAAAUAUAAAAUCGUUGCCAAAGAAUCCAAUGUUUCAAAGCGGUGCAGCUACAUUUGUAUCAGUUGCGUUAUUGUCAUGGUUACAUAUACGCCCGAUAGGCUUAAUGUUUUUGAUGCUCUUUUGCUUCUGGUUAUAUAAAACCCGGUGCAAUUUACGUAUCGUACCUCCACCAGAUUUAGAGAAAAGUUGUCACGAGUUAAUGAGACGUGUGGCAGAAUGGAGACAACGCAAGCCAAAUAGAUUCUGCGCUAUAGCGACGGGAUGCCUGGGCUCUUUAGCCAUAAUGGGUCAUUUGGUGUCUGGUUCAAUAAUAGUACUGUCAGGCUUAGUUAUGGCAGCGAUUAUAUCGACAAAAUAUCAUUUUAAAAUUAUAAAAAUUCAACCAAACGAUUACCUUUGGGCGGAGAAAAUUAAUCAGGAUUAUGAGAUGGAAGAUGAAUUUAUGCCAGAUGUAAAUGAAUCGAAUUUGUUUGUAUUGGAAAGAGCAAGCGAUUUAGCAUCUAUUACAGCAGCUACGGAAGACAUUGAUAAUGAAGAGGACAAGAGUGAUGAGGUGCCUUCCGAAUUAUUAUUAGCCGAUACAAUACCGGAAAUCGAUGAUAAUUCGGACACGGACGACGAACACGACGAUCUACUUCCGUUAAUAAAAACGACAAAGAGUAAAUUAAAUAAACACGGUGCGCCGCAAACAGAUGAAAGUAUUGAAUUUAAAAGCGGUCACUUUAAACGGGACUCUUCGCUAUCAACAACAUCAUCUUCUUCAGAAGAGAACUUAGCGAAAGGCUUGCAUUUUCCUGAUCAUACAUCGGUCGACGGCCGCCCGCAAAUUAUUUUUAACCCUGAAUCCUCUCCAGAUCUGUUAGCUACAACAUUAAAAACACAAACUCAAGCUCUACUGGUAAAUAGCAGUAAAUUAAUACCCAAUUUGGUAUCGGGGCUGGUUCAAGGUAUUUUGGGUGCUAACCCAUCGCUUGCAACAGCAGAAGCAAUGCCUUCAUCUUCUAAUAAGCGUUUAGUCACUGCUUUAGAUUCUUCUGAUGAAAGCGAUUUCGAGAUACUAGAGAAUGAAGAUAUUAAAUAAUUCUUGAAAAUGCGUUAAUGCUCUCAAUGUAUUUAAAUUAAGGUUGUAAACCAAAACAUUUUUACAUAACAAACUUUUAUUAUAUAUAUAUAUCAUCGUUCAGAUCAGGCAAUAGAGGAGUUGAAUAUAAUAAUACAUAUCUUCAUCUUAAUUCCAAAAAGGGUCUUAAAAAUCCGCUUUACAUUUCACUGCGAACUAUAAAGAAAAAAAAAAAAGAAAACGAGAAACAAACACACAAGCAAAUCCUCUCAUAAAAUUCAAUCUUUUUUUUGAAUUGAUGCUCAUCCUGAAAUUUAAACGAUCUACAAACGAUAAUAUAAGAGUCUGAAUAAAAUAAUUUAAUUUUAUAUCUUUUAAAACAUGUCGCGAGCGCGCAUGCCCGUUUACGCUCUUUUGUAGUUAAGAUAACUCAAUAAAAUAUAUUUUCAAAUCUAUAUAUUUUUCAUAUAUAUUCUAUAACGCUUUAUUUUUUUUAUUUUUAUUUUUUUUAAAAUAUAUUUGUAAACAUGUUAAUCUUGUUAUAUGUAUAUCUUCCUAUGUAAUAUGUUUGUCGAAAUUUGUUGCUCUUAGCAGUUAAGAUAGCUAUAUAUAAAAUAUCUUUUCAAAUCUAUAUAUUUUCCGCAUAUAUUAUAUAACCUCUUAUAGCUUGUUUUUUUUAAUAUAUUUGUAAAUGUGUCAAUUUUGUAAUAUGAUAUUUCCUCUACAUAAUAUGUUUGUCAAAAUUUGUUACUCCUAUAUAAUCGAUUUUGUGAUCAGAGAUCAAAGUUUUCAAAUUUGAAAUGCAAUUUUUUAAGAGUUCAAAACAAAACAAAUCUGCAUAAAUUCAGAUAGAUAUAUAUGCGCGUUUAAAAUUGCUGAACAAGAUGAACAAGAAAAAAACGAAGAAAAUCAUGCAUUCAUUUUAGCAAUUAUGGUUUAUGGUAGUCUCACAUUCCCUAUUAAUUUAAACGGAGUGGCAAGUGAUAAGCGACAAAUUAGAAGUGACAAGUAACGGCCCAAUGUGUUGCAGUGAGAUAAACAGCUAAUUAAAGGGAUUAGGAUAGUAUGAUUUUGAUUCUAAUGUUCCUAAAAUGUAUUGUUUGCCUGAUAGUUGGAAUUAAAUGCGUAUGGAGAUGCGAAGCUUCUAAGUCAAUUCAAUAAAAUAAAUUGAGUAAACUUAAGUAUAAAAAAUAAUUUAGAAAACGUAAGCAAAGCAAAAUUAAGCUCUGCUUCAAGAUCAUACUUCAUAGUUUGACGAACGGUAUUUGAAACAUCAACGUUAGACAAGAAUGUCCUCUUUCAGUGCAUGCUCGGUAAUGGAUAGAUGAAACUUAUUAAAAUUGAAAUGUUGACAAUACUGGACUCAUUACUUUUCCAUGGCGAAUUACACGAAAGUUUUUGAGAAAAAAAUCGAAAAAUGCCACACGUGAGAUUCGGUAAUGUUAACGGUAAACUCUACAAUCUGAAUUUAGAUUGUAUUAAUCAUAUUUGAAAGAGGCUUAUGAAAUCGGCAUCCUCUGUAGCAUAACGAUGAAUAUGUGAAUAAAUAAAUCAAUAUG